AUGCCGAAAUCAAAGCGCGCGAAAGUUGUGCACCUAUCACAGGUGCAGAAGAAAGGGAAGGAACUCACGCUCAAGCUCUUCGCCAACGUGCGCGAAUGCCUCGACGAGUACCAGCACUGCUUCGUCUUCAGGGUCGACAAUAUGCGCAACACCUACCUGAAGGCUGUGCGCAACGAUUUCCAGGACAGCAGACUCUUUUUCGGCAAGACCAAAGUUAUGGCCAAAGCCCUGGGCAGCACCCCCGAAGACGAAUACCAGCCCUCCACGCACCUCCUGUCCAAGUACUUGACCGGCAACGUGGGCCUGCUCUUCACCAAUCGUGAACCCUCCGCUGUUAAAGAAUACUUCUCGCAGAUGGCCAAGACGGACUUUGCGCGCGCAGGCACGACAGCUACGAGAUCGUUCGAGAUCCCCGCGGGUGUUGUUUACUCGAUGGGUGGAGAGAUUGAUCAAGAACAGGAUGUACCUAUGGCUCAUAGUUUGGAACCGGAGUUGAGGAAGUUGAAUGUGCCGACGAGCUUGACGAAGGGGAAGAUUACGCUGGAGAACCCGUAUUUGGUGUGCAAAGAGGGGCAUGUGCUGGAUAGUCGGCAGACGAGGUUGUUGAAAUUAUUUGGUGUUGCUACUUCAGAGUUCACUGUUCAAUUGGUCGCAUACUGGAGCGCAGCUACGCAUGAAAUAAUCGAAGUUGGGGAAUUGGAGGAGUAG